UGGGUCCGUUCAAGCCGGCCAAAGAAGCGCCGCCCACACUGGAUGAGCUGGAACGCGAGCUGGCGUUGGCGGGCGCGCUGCCCGCGUUCGGCGGUCAAUGGCAGCCGGCCACGUGUCGGUCGCGCGACCGAGUCGCCCUCAUCAUUCCCUACCGCGACCGCGCCGCGCACCUCCGCGUCUUCCUCAAGAACAUGCAUCCCUUUCUGCAGCGACAGCAGAUCAGCUAUGGCAUUUUCAUCGUUGAACAGGCUGGUGACGGCCCAUUCAACAGAGCUAUGCUGAUGAACGUGGGGGCCGUGGAGGCGCAGGCCCUGGGCCGGGGGCGGGGUGGGGGCGGUGGCUUCGAUUGCUACAUAUUCCACGACAUCGACCUGCUGCCUGAAGACGACCGCAACAUUUACAACUGUCCUGACCAGCCCCGCCAUAUGUCGGUCGCCAUUGACGUUCUACAGUACAGGUACUGCAUUCACUUCAUUUUUCACCGAGCGAA